UAGCCUAGUUCUUGUUGUCACUGGUACUAGCUAACGACUUCAAUACAUUAACCAGAACAUAUUUACAGAACUUGGGUAACCUCUACAGUAUAUAGGCCCUAUAGUAUUAUACAGGGUUCAAUCACAGUGGUGGUCGAGAAUAGGUUGGAAGUAUGGGAUGUGGUGGAACAUAAUGGACGGUCUCAAAGUAGGUUGGGAUUAUCGAGUAUAGUGGAACAGAAUGGACGAUCUGAAAAUUUACAUGGAAACUUUUGUUGACAUUUUGGAAUAGAAUCAGGCAACUACAAGAUUGUUCAAGUAAAUAGUGAUGUUGACAUAAUAACGGCUACAGGAUAUAGUCAAACAGAGAAUUAAGAUGGAUGAAUAUAGGUUGGGGAUUAAACUACUUCAAGCUCAAACAGACGGAAAUAUACAGGGAUUCGUAGAAACAUUAUCAUUACAAGAUAAGCAGCAAGCUUUAAUUACAUGUGCUAGAGAAGGGUUGUAUGAAGUUAUAAUUUAUAUGUUAGAACACGGUAUUGAUUCACAUUAUAUUAAUCCCCAUCAGAACAACCUGAUACAUCACCUUUUAUAUAACUAUAACAGAUAUAAAAAACCAGAUAGACGUGAUUUGUUAAUACAAUGUCUAGAUACAUUAGUUGAUGCUGGUGUAGAUGUCAACCAGGAGAAUAGACUUAAACAUACACCUAUAUUUAUAGCUGCUGAACGAGGGUUGUAUGAAGUUGUGAUAUAUAUGUUAAAACACGGAGUAGAUGUACAUUAUGUUGAUGAUCGUCGAAACAACCUGUUAAAAAUACUUUUAUUUAACUUUGAUAGUGAUGACGAACCAGAUAGACGUGAUUUGUUAUUACAAUGUGUAGUUAGAUUAGUUGAUGCUGGUGUAGAUGUCAACCAGGAGAAUAGACAUAAAGAGACACCUAUAUUUAUAGCUGCUAGUACAGGGUUGUAUGAAGUUGUAAUGUAUCUGUUAGAACACGGAGUAGAUAUAUAUCAUGUUGAUAGAUGUAAGGAAAACCUGAUACAUAAACUUUUAUAUAACAGAUAUAACAAACCAGCUAGGCGUGAUUUGUUAAUACAAUGUGUAGUUAAAUCAAUUGAUGCUGGUGUAGAUGUCAACCAGGAGAAUAGACAUAAAGAGACACCUAUAUUUAUAGCUGCUAGUACAGGGUUGUAUGAAGUUGUAAUGUAUCUGUUAAAACACGGAGUAGAUGUACAUUAUGUUGAUGAUCGUCAUAACAACCUGUUAAACAUACUUUUAUCUAACUUUGAUAGUGAUGACGAACCAGAUAGACGUGAUUUGUUAUUACAAUGUGUAGUUAGAUUAGUUGAUCUUGGUGUAGAUGUCAACCAGGAGAAUGAUGAUAAACUGACACCUAUAUUUAUAGCUGCUAGACGAGGGUUGUAUGAAGUUGUGAUAUAUAUGUUAAAACACGGAGUAGAUGUACAUUAUGUUGAUCGCUAUAAGAAUAACCUGUUAAACAUACUUGUAUCUAACUAUAGAUAUUACAAACCAGCUAGGCGUGAUUUGUUAUUACAAUGUGUGGUUAAAUCAGUUGAUGCUGGUGUAGAUGUCAACCAGGGGAAUGAUGAUACAAAUACACCUAUAUUGAUAGCUGCUAGUAAAGGGUGGUAUGAGGUUGUGAUAUAUCUUUUAAAACACGGAGUAGAUGUACAUUAUGUUGAUUGUUUAAAACGCAACAUUCUUCACCAUGUUUUAGUUUUUUGGGAUUCCCAUGUUAAAUUUGAAGAGAAAUGUAUACAGGUCUUUAAUACUUUAAUAAAAACAGGAGUAGACAUAAAUCAACCUGACUAUAAUGGCAAUACCCCGUUGUUCUAUGUCGUUGGAAUCUACGCGGAUAAAUGGCUUGAAUGGAUCGAAUCACAAUCGAAACUAACGACAGGACAGUACAGUCGUGGUCCACUGUAUUUUAAAUUGAUUAACAUUUUAUUAAAAGCUGGUUGUAAUGCGAACCAUCAAAAUAAACUGGGACGAACGGCUUUAAUGAGCUAUAUAAUAUCUCAAGUUGAUAUCAGUAUAUUAAAACUGUUAAUUCCACAUUCUGAUCUAAGUUUAACUGAUUAUAAUGGUGAUACAGCAAUUAGUUAUAGUGUCCAAUAUCACAUGAUCAAUUCUACAGCCGUCUUUAAACUUUUAGUAGAUUCAGGUUCAGAUCUGAUGUCACGUGACAACGGAGUUAAGUUAUUCCAUGAUAUUUUAAAAUGUAAGAGGUUGUGGGUGUUCAGUUAUUACAUCGGGCGUAAGUUGAUUGUUAAUGGUUUUACAAUUGAAGGAGAAAAUAUGCUUCAUCUUUUAGCUCGUUUAAACUAUGAUUAUUCUGUAAGCAAGUUUAAAUGGCUGUUAAAUAACGAACUAGACAUCAACCAUCCCUGUUUUAAUACCAACACACCUACUAUGAUAACAUCCUUUUUAUUAAACAGUAAAUAUUUAGAAUUGUUGACACAUCAUCCCAGACUAGAGAUCAAUACACAAAAUAACCAGGGUCAUACAGCUCUACACCUUUGUAUCAUUGGAUUUACUAUGUUUAAAGAUGGCUUGAACAAGAGACAGGUAAAUGAUGUUGUUAAGAAUUAUUGUAGACAGAUAUAUCCAAUAUACAUGGCUUGUAUUGAUAUUUUGCUUGGUGUUGAUGGAAUUGAUGUAAAUAUUCCCGAUAAUGGAGGUAGAACUAGUUUAAUGAUGGCUGCAAUGAAAAACGACAGAGUUCUUACAAGGAAACUACUUCAAGCUGGUGCCAUAGUUACCAUGUUAGACUAUUCAGGAAGAUCUGCUCUACAAUAUCUUAAUAUUUAUCAGAGUGUGUUUGAUUUGACUUGUUUUAAAUUACUUCUAUCUAAUGGUAGCACUGGUCUUCUCAAUUUACCCUGUAUCGAUGGUAACACAAUUAUUCAAACAACCAUGUGUUUUCCCUUUUUCUGGGAACCAUACCAUGUUGUUUGUUUUAUGAGAUAUUUAGUUGCUGAAAACUGCUGUCUUCAGAUUCUCGUACCAUCAUCACUUGAAAGUAGCUAUAACCAAAUUGAUCUUACUGAGUUAAACCUUCAAGAAAGAGAUAGGCUGAGAAAACUGUUGUAUCUUAGUGGCGCCGAAGGGGAGGAAAUUAUGACUUCGUUAAAUUUUGACGAGGAAGACAAAAGAUAUGAACGAACAGACAUUAUCCACUCACGAGACAGAGCAGAAUUCGUUAGUUUCUGUAGUAAUAUAUCUCUCAAGUCCCUGUGCAGAAGAUUCAUCAGACAGAAUCUUGGAUUGGGAAUAAAGGAGAAGGUUAAGGAUCUGGAAUUGCCUCGCGAAUUAAACGACUUUAUUCUAUUGAAAGAUGUUCUUCAUCCUAAAGAUUACAACAUAGAUAAUAUUGAUGAUGGUUGUAAUGAUGAUGAUGAUGAUGAUUAUGAUGGUUAUGAUAUAGAUAAAGAUAGAGAUGAUGAUUAUAGUCAAUAUAACUACCAGUAUUUUACUCUCAAAACGGAUCAUGAACUAAGACAAGAUUGCAUACAAACUGCGAGAUUCCCUAAUGGCUGUAUUUAUGAUAAUGAAGAGAUAGAGGAUGAAUAUGGUGUUUGGUAUGGCUAAAUGAUGUCGUACGUAGAACAAAUUGCAACAAAAGGUUUUUUGUUUUCUAUUGAUUCAUUAUGGUGUCCUAAGUAAGGAAAAGAAAGUUUACCAAAAUCGGAGCCCGAAUAAGGACAGGGGGCGUUGCCAAAUCCAAGAUGGCGGCUCUCGAUCAAAAAUUGCAAAUAUCUCUAAAACUAUUGGAUUUAGACACCAUAAACGUAUUGCGGACAGAUAGGAAGUCGGUACCAGCGAGUCCAAAAAUGGCGACGUUAUGUCUCUACGACGUCAUGACGUUACUGUGACGUCACAACGGCAUAUCAGACGUCGCAUUUCUUCCAAAAUUAGUCCAUUUAUGCAUGUUAGCACUAGAAACGAAUGCUGAUUCAGAGAAGAGGGUAUGCCCAUUAUGGGUUGAUAAACAAGAACAAUGUGUUACAAUAACGUAGAAGGAAGCUAAAAGUAUAUGAAUAUUUCUGCAUUGUCGAAAGGUGAUACUAUUACAGUAGCCGUAGGAACACGGAUUCAUUUCAAUUGUCGACAAAAAUAGCCUACAUCAAUAAAAAGAAAUGAAAUGAAAUGGGGUGAUACAUAUACGUCCUACUGUGUGCUAUGAGGGGAGUUUUGCCGUGCAGUGGCGCAAAGACAUUCUUAUAUCGAAUUCCAACUGCAAAGCUGCCUUUUACUGGAGAAGUGCAUUAAAGGUUGAAUGGGCGGGGCUGACCAGUUUUGACAUUUGGUUAAUCCCCAAAAUCACCAUAAGGAUUUAUAUUUUGACACAAGCGUAUUCGAGAUGUGUAACAAAAAAAAAAUUGGGGCUGCAAUGCGACCAGCGCCCUCUGGCAGUGUUCCUUAAAGCAUCACUUAAAGAAUUACGUUUUGGGGCCCCGUAUAUGUGGACAGACAGGAAGUCAAUACCACAGAGUUCAAAAAGAUGAAAACUGGUCUACCCGACAUUUUACGUUUUGCCACGGGCUCUAGCUGAAAGUCUGUUGGGAUGUAUUUUUCCUGAUGAGCCAGGCUAAUACCCCCGUCAGACUGCAGGGGUGGCGUCCUUACUGCGACGCUACGGCGAUGGAAAUUGGUCGCAGAGCGCGUCAAGAUCGACAUAAGCGCGGUAAAAGCGUG